AUGGCAGAUAUUAAACAGAAACGUCAAGCCAAAUCCAAAGGAGGUGGGGGAGAAGCAAUUCUGAAACAAAUCCAAAAAUUAUUCUCUUCGGAUGCUUAUCAAGAAAAAAAAUUAGAAAUUCAAGCAGUAGAAAAUCACUUACAAGAACUUGACCCGAAAAAGUUUAAAGAAACAAUCAAGAAAUCACUUGACGAACAAGUAAAAAAUAACGGACUAACUGAGAGCAACAUGGAUGAUGAAACUAAACAAGAACUGGCUGAGGCUAAGCAAGACCCAACUACUGAAAAGGUGGCUAUUGCCAAAGAAAAAAUCGCCCAAAACGGAGCCAAUAAUAAUUUAAACAACCUUUUAACCGAAACUUGA